UUUUUGUUGUUUUUGAUUCCGGCAGUUGUUGCCGAUGGCUCACGGCUUCCCUUGCCUCCGUUUUCUUCUCUGCGAGGGCAAAGCAGUCAUGGUCAUGGUGAGGGGGUUAGCUGGGGGGCUUUUGCGAGUCUUUUCUUAAUUCAUUUAACGCUCUUCAACUUCACCAAUCGCACGGCGUGUUGACUAGUCGCUAUGGAGGCGUUAAUACCCGUCAUCAACAAGCUGCAGGACGUCUUCAACACCAUCGGAGCCGAUGCCCUCCAACUGCCUCAAAUUGUGGUCGUCGGGGCCCAGAGUUCGGGCAAAAGUUCAGUACUGGAAAGCCUCGUGGGGCGGGACUUCCUGCCUCGGGGUUCGGGCAUCGUGACGAGGCGCCCGCUCGUGCUUCAGCUGGUCUAUGUCUCCAAGGACGACGUUCAGCACCGCUCUGCCGAUGAAGGAACCAUGCAGUUGGAAGAGUGGGCCAAGUUCCUCCACACCAAAAACAAAAUUUACACCGACUUUGACGCCAUCCGGGCCGAGAUUGAGGCAGAGACAGAACGCAUGGGAGGGACGAACAAGGGCAUCUGCCCGGAGCCGAUCAGUCUCAAGAUCUACUCCAACCGCGUCGUGAACUUGGGAUUGGUCGACCUGCCUGGACUUACGAAGGUUCCAGUGGGAGACCAGCCGGAGGACAUAGAGACCCAGAUCCGGUCGCUGAUACUCAAGUACAUUGGCAACCCCAACUCCCUGAUCCUGGCGGUGACGGCGGCCAACACGGACUUUGCCACGUCCGAGGCGGUCAAGCUGGCUCGGGAGGUGGACCCCGACGGGCGCCGCACGCUGGCGGUGAUCACCAAGCUGGACCUGAUGGACGCGGGCACGGACGCCAUCGACGUGCUCUGCGGCCGGGUGAUCCCGGUGAAGCUGGGCAUUGUGGGGGUGGUGAACCGCUCGCAGCAGGACAUCAAGGACCGCAAGCCCAUCGAGGAGGCCCUGCGGGACGAGGCCCUCUUCCUGCAGCGCAAGUACCCCGCCCUCGCCAACCGCAACGGCACAGAGUACCUCGCCAAGACCCUGAACCGGCUGCUGAUGCACCACAUCCGGGACUGCCUGCCCGAGCUGAAGACGCGCGUCAACGUGAUGAUCUCCCAGUUCCAGUCGCUGCUCACCUCCUACGGGGAAGCCGUGCAGGACCAGGGCCAGACGCUGCUCCAGAUCAUCACCAAGUUUGCGUCGUCGUACUGCUCGACCAUCGAGGGCACGGCGCGCAACAUCGAGACGACGGAGCUGUGUGGGGGCGCCCGCAUCUGCUACAUCUUCCACGAGACCUUUGGCCGCACCCUGGACUCGAUCCACCCCUUGGGGGGCCUCAGCACCCUCGACAUCCUCACCGCCAUCCGCAACGCCACGGGUCCCCGGCCGGCCCUCUUCGUGCCCGAGGUGUCCUUUGAGCUGCUGGUCAAAAGGCAGAUUCGACGCCUGGAGGAGCCGAGCCUGCGCUGUGUGGAGCUGGUGCACGAGGAGAUGCAGCGCAUCAUCCAGCACUGCGGCACAGAGGUCCAGCAAGAGAUGCUCCGCUUCCCCAAGCUUCACGAGUGCAUCGUCGAGGUGGUGACGCAGCUGCUUCGGCGACGCCUGCCCGCAGCAAACACCAUGGUGGAAAACCUUGUGGCGAUCGAAUUGUCUUACAUCAACACGAAGCACCCGGACUUCCACGACGCCGCGCUGGCCGGCACCCUGGCCAAGGAGGUGACCAAGCGAAACAAGGUGGCCGAGGUCAAUGGCCUCCCCGCCGCCACGGCUGGAGAGGGGGACAAGCCGGCUGCACCCAGUGGCAAGACUGCCCACGCUCUUGCACUGCGUCCCAACGCCCCGAGCGAAGCGCUGGGCUGGAUCGGCAACGUGGUCGGGGCCGUGACUGCAGCGGGUCGGGGCGAGAGCGGCGCCAACACCCCGGACCAGGCCAGCCCCAUGCACCACCCGUCGCUGGCCGCGGCCGGCAGCCCUAUGAAGCCGGUCAACCUGCUGCCAGAGGAGCCGACUGCGGGCUCUCGCAAGCUGUCCCCCCGGGAACAACGGGACUGUGAGGUCAUCGAGCGGCUGAUCCGGUCGUACUUCCUGAUAGUGCGCAAGAACAUCCAGGACUCGGUGCCUAAGGCCAUCAUGCACUUCCUGGUGAACUUUGUGAAGGACAACCUGCAGAGCGAGCUGGUCACACACCUCUACAAGCACGACUGCUUCGACCAGCUCCUCGCCGAGUCGGAGCACGUGGCCGUCAGGCGCAGGGAGGCCGCCCAGAUGGUCAAGGCACUCCACAAGGCCAGCCAGAUAAUAGGCGAGAUUCGCGAGACCCACAUGUGGUGAUUGUCAGGACGCAGUGAUAUCGCGGCAUAGCGACGUGCCGUUGGACGGGGGCCUGCAAGCUGCAGUCGGCAACACGUCGCUUUGUCGUCCAUUGCCGACUCUGGCCCCAGGAACUGUUGGCAGCGCCCCCUAGUGCAGUUUUCUUCUUUCUUUUUUCUUGUUGGGACUUUGUUUUGGGGGGUAGGUAGUGUGGCUGCCUCCGCAACGGCCAGGAGGAAGCGUGACCACCGUCACUCAGGGCGUUCCUCGUUUCCAAGCUUAGUGACAGACCCCGGACCAAACAUCUCGUCUGUCAGUGGACACCGUGUGCACGCGAGCAUUCGAUGCACCAUUUGUUUUUUAUUGUUUCCUUUUGCGCCGUGUAGUGGCUAGGAAGGAAGUUGGUGCGGCUGUUUUGCUGCCUGCUGCAUAAAGAUGAAACUUCGCCGAA